UUUUUCAGUUGGUGUUUUCUAUUUUUUUUUUUUUUUUAUGAAUUAGUUUACUCUUCUUCUUUUUGUAUUGAAGAUCCAGUGGAAAGAGAAGUUAAUCAUGUUGAGUGCCAGACAGUCUAUCAGGUCAAAUCGUGCUGCAAUAACGUUACGUUUACAAGGAGCUAGCAGAUCAUUGGCUACUCAAGCAGCAGAUUUAUCAAGUGCCUUUAACGUUCCACCCGAAUAUGUUCGUAGAACUCCACCGUAUGCUAAGUUGAUUGGUAAUUUACAAACUGUUAAUCAAAUCACUAAUAAUACUCCAUUGACAUUGGCUGAAAAAAUCUUAUACUCCCAUUUAUGUAAUCCAGAAGAAAGUUUAGCUAAAUUUAAUGGUAGUUUAUCUAAUAUCAGAGGACAAGAGUAUUUGAAGUUGAAUCCAGAUAGAGUAGCUAUGCAAGAUGCAUCUGCACAAACAGCUUUAUUACAAUUUAUGACUUGUGGUAUGGCUAGUACUGCCGUACCAGGAUCGAUUCAUUGUGAUCAUUUAAUUGUUGGUAAAGAAGGUGCCGACUCUGAUUUAACUAGUUCGAUUGCAACUAAUAAAGAAGUUUUUGAUUUUUUACAGAGUUGUGGUGAAAAAUAUGGUAUUCAAUUUUGGGGGCCAGGUUCUGGUAUUAUUCAUCAAAUUGUUUUGGAAAACUUUUCGGUUCCUGGAUUAAUGAUGUUGGGUACUGAUUCCCAUACUCCUAACGCCGGUGGAUUGGGUGCUAUCGCAAUUGGUGUUGGUGGUGCUGACGCCGUUGAUGGUUUAACUGGUACUCCUUGGGAAUUAAAAGCUCCUAAAAUUUUGGGGGUUAAAUUAUCUGGUAAAUUAUCUGGCUGGUCUUCUCCAAAAGAUGUUAUUACUUAUUUGGCUGGUAUCUUAACCGUUCGUGGUGGUACUGGUUAUAUUGUCGAAUAUUUUGGUGAAGGGGUCUCUUCUUUAUCAUGUACUGGUAUGGCUACCAUUUGUAAUAUGGGUGCUGAAAUCGGUGCUACGACUUCAACUUUCCCUUAUCAAGAUGCUCAUCGUCGUUACUUGAUUCAAACUAAUAGAGCUCCAAUUGCUGAAGCUGCCACUAUCGCAAAUGAUCAAUUUGAUUUCUUAAAAGCUGAUAAAGGUGCAGAAUAUGAUAAAGUCAUUGAAAUUAAUUUAAAUGAUUUAGAACCUCAUGUAAAUGGUCCUUUCACUCCCGAUUUAUCAACUCCAAUUUCUAAAUUUGGUGAAACUGCUAAAAAUGAAGGUUGGCCUGAAAAUGUUAGUGCUGGUUUAAUUGGUUCUUGUACUAACUCUUCUUAUCAAGAUAUGUCUCGUGCAGUUUCAAUCAUUAGACAAGCUGAAAAAGCUGGUUUAAAACCAAAAAUUCCAUUUUAUGUCACUCCUGGUUCUGAACAAAUUAGAGCUACUAUUGAAAGAGAUGGUUUAAUUAAAACUUUUGAAAACAACGGUGCUAUUGUUUUAGCUAAUGCUUGUGGUCCUUGUAUUGGUCAAUGGGAUAGAUCUGAUGUUCCAAAAACUUCAACUGAUUUUAAUGCAAUUUUCACCUCUUUUAAUAGAAAUUUUAGAGCUAGAAAUGAUGGUAAUAGAAAUACUAUGAAUUUCUUAACUUCUCCUGAUAUGGUUACUGCAAUGAUUUAUUCCGGUGAUAUGAAUUAUAAUCCAAUUACUGAUUCAAUUAAAUUACCAAAUGGUGAAUCUUUCAAAUUUGAACCUCCUCAAGGUGAAGAAUUACCAGAUGAUGGGUUUAUUCAAGGUCGUGCUGAGUUUUAUCCAGAAGCUGAUCCAAAACCAAAACCUGAUGUUAAAAUUAAUGUUUCUCCAGAUUCUGAUAGAUUACAAAUUUUAGAACCUUUUGCUCCUUGGUCUGGUGAAGAAUUAUCUACUAAUAUCUUACUUAAAGUUGAAGGUAAAUGUACUACUGAUCAUAUUUCUGCUGCUGGUGCUUGGUUAAAAUAUAAAGGUCAUUUAGAAAAUAUUUCUUAUAAUACUUUAAUCGGUGCUGUCAAUAAAGAAACUGGUGAAGUUAAUACUGCUUAUGAUUUUGAUGGUAAAUCUUAUGGUAUUCCAGAAUUAAUGACUAAAUGGAAAACUGAAGGUCGCCCUUGGAAUGUUGUUGCUGAACAUAAUUAUGGUGAAGGUUCUGCUAGAGAACAUGCAGCCUUAUCUCCAAGAUUUUUGGGUGGUUCUAUCAUUUUAGUUAAAUCUUUUGCUAGAAUUCAUGAAACUAAUUUGAAAAAACAAGGUAUGUUACCUUUAACUUUUGCCAACGAAGAAGAUUACGAUAAACUUUCUUCUGGUGAUUUAUUGACUACUGUUGAUUUAAGAGAUAUGGUUGCAAAAGAUGGUAAUAAUGGCGGUACUUUAAGAAUGAAAGUUACUCCUAAAGACGGUUCUGCAGAAUUCGAAAUCUUAUGUAAACAUACCAUGUCUAAAGAUCAAAUUGACUUCUUUAAAGCUGGUUCUGCAAUUAAUUAUAUUGGUAAUGUUAAAAGAGAACAAGAUGCAGCUGCUGGUUCUGCUUAAUCUACCAAUAUUGAUCGAAUCUCCCAUAUUGUAACUUUAGCAUUGCGUCUGUUGAUCUUUCAGACUUUUAUUUAAUUACUUUCGUCAUGAGACUCUAAUUUACUUCUUAGGAUUGCGUCUUUCUUAUUUAUUGCACUCAUUGUUCAUAUUUUUAUCAGUUUGAUUUAGUUUCUUUCCG